UUCAAUAACUAAUGAGUACAAGUGUACGUGACCAAAAAAAUACAAAGAUAUAAAGAUUAAUAUGUGAUUAUAAUGGUUCCCUAAAAAAAUUGUUUACUAGGGAUAAACCACUCGUCAGUACGUCAUGAAAGAGAAGCCCUAUCAAAUCACUUCUCGGUCUCAUCUUAUUAAGUAGGUAAGCAAGUACUAGGUAACUAUGGCAACAAAAUUUGGACUCUUGUUAAUGGGGAAGCUACCGAAACAGCAGAUUCGGAAUUAUAGCAGCGACACAAACAAACUUGUAUUUCGACAGUUGUUCGAUUCCGUAAGCAGCACCUACACUUAUCUGUUGGCAGACCCGGGAACUAGAGAAUGCAUACUUAUCGAUCCAGUACUCGAGCAUGCAAAGCGGGACUUUCAACUCACAAAGGAUUUAAAUUUGAAUUUGGUUUACGCAGUUAAUACUCACAUGCACGCAGACCAUAUUACUGGAACGGGAAGCCUCAAACUUCUUUCAGGAUGUAAAAGCAUCAUAUCGAGCAGAAGCGGUGCCCAGGCAGACAUUUUCGUCGAUGAAGGUGACUACAUAACUUUCGGAGGACAUCAACUAAAAGUGCUGAGUACUCCCGGGCACACCAGUGGCUGUUGUUCUUUCUACAUUGCCGAACAGGGAAUGGCUUUUACUGGAGACGCCCUCCUCAUCCGUGGCUGUGGCCGCACCGAUUUUCAAGAAGGCAGUCCGGAAUUACUCUACCAUAGCAUCCAUACCAAGAUUUUUACUCUUCCAGAUGAGACACUGUUGUAUCCAGCCCACGACUAUAAGGGUCAGACUGUUACUUCUGUGGACGAGGAAAAGAGAUUAAACCCUAGACUGACGAAAACCUUAGAAGAGUUUGUGCACAUCAUGAACAACCUCAACCUCAGUUACCCCGCACAAAUAGAUCAGGCGCUGCCAGCAAACAAAGUGUGUGGCCUGUACGACGUACCGGAGGAUUUGAAAAACGGCCUAUGAUUCCUAUGAUGGAGGAUAACUGGAGCAUGCAGGAAUUAAUGUAAUCAAUAUAGCAGGAUCAGGGUGUUGCAAUUCCAAUUUUGGGCGUGUUUACUUUUGUAUUAUAUAAAAUGUUAGUGAAUAAAGUGUAUGAUUAAUGUCAAA